AAUUUUCGAUCAAUCGUAUUAUAUAUGUGUAUCUUAUAUAUGUUUUGAUGUGGUUCUGUUGUGUUACGGUUGCUAUUGAUCUGGAGGCUUGCAAUUAGAGCUAGGGUUUGUGAUCUUACUAAGCACUUCGAUUUUUUAGGGUUCAGGUGAAUACGAAAUUUCUUAAUGAUUAAGUUUUCAUGAUGUGUUUGAUUAAUUUAAUGUUUCUUGAUUUCUCUUUAGGUUCUUCUCUGUGUUAAUUUUUUGGAAGCAAUUGAUUUGGGAAGUUUGGAAGUGAACAUUUAGGGCAUGAGAACUUUUCCCAGUCGUAUUCUUCUUUCUUUUUUCUGGGUAUUUUGGCGGUUGUAAUUGGGAAAUGUUUUAUAAGUUUACAAAAUUUUCAAUUUGGGUAUAGUUGAGUAACUCAAUAUAUAUGGAAGAUGAGAUUACACAGGACAGAUGUCUAUGAAUAGUCUCAGAUAGGACUUAACCCCCACCCCCCAAUAAAAGAAAGAAAGAAAUAAUAUUCUGUAAUAGGAAAAAUAGUCAUGUUCUUGUGUUCUUUGCUUCUAUGUAUAAAAGGCGACGAUCCACAUGUGAUUUUCAUUAGUUGAGGGUGUUGGGAGGGACGGGUUGAAUAAAUAAUUAAUAUUUGAUAUUAUUUGAACUCUUGAACUCACGUUGUCGCGCAUGGCAAUCUGAACGUUUUCCAUUUUAUCAAGCAAUAGUUCAUAAGGAACCUAAAUAUUUUACGAGGAAGGAGCGGAUUGACAAAUUUCUUGGAAUUUGUGCUAUUGUAGUAAAUUAAGACAAACUUGGCAAGUUCAUAUUUGAAUGGAUAUUUGCGUUGGAGUAAUGAUUGCUAAGGAUUGUACCCCAGUGGUUUUUCCUCUACCUUUCAAAGUGGAGGUUUGAUGGUUUGUAAGUCCUCGUAAGGAUAAACUGAGUGUGUGAGUAACUUGACAGGGCAACCACAAAAAAAAGAAAGAAAGAAGAAGUUGGAGUAAUGAUUGCGUGUCUUGAGAAAAUGAAAGCCUACAUUUGGUAGGAGGGAAGGAAGAGAAGAGGGAUGAAACAUACUAUUGUUGUUUGGUAGAAAGGAGAGGAAGAUGGAAAGGAUGAGGCAUGCCUUCUGGCCCACCAUUUUGCUUCCAUAAAAAAUUGGGAGGAAGAGAGAGAAUAAAGGAUUAUAUGUUUCAUUAAAUUAAAGACUUUAUCCCAUCAUUAAGUGUAUUAAUUUAUUUAUUUCAUUGUAUAUUGAUAAAAUAAUAAUAUAAUAUUAUAAACCCUUUCCUUCAGUUCCACUCAACAAUGGAGGAAUGCCCUCUCUUGGUAGUUGUUUAUAAAGCUCAAUCAAGCAGUUAUGUUAUUUUGGGUCACACCCCACUGGGAAAUUAAGAUAGCAUAGAAAGUCAUAUUUGUCCAAGAAUAAAUAUUUUUGAAAAAUUAAUUAUAACCUUCGUAUAGUUGCAUGCUCUGUUAGUAUUGACCUUAAAAGUGAUUUAUUGCUGAGAGAUUGGUUUCCUUUGAAACUGUGUAGCUAGAUUUAAACAACAUCAUUUGUUGUAUAUUUAGAGAUUAAUAAUUAGUGCAAGAUCUUGUGGUUAUCUGAAAUUGCUCUUCAUGUGAUAAAUACAUUGAAUGUUUAGCUCAACGAAGUUCUCAUGUGUUCUAAAGUUAAUUGUUUUUUAGAGAUUGCUUUUGUUUGUAACUGUGAAAACUAGAUUUUUAAAGGGUUUGUGUUGUAUACUUGAUAAAUAGUUAGUGCAGUAUCUUGUGGUUAUCUGAAUUUGCUAUUUGUGCCACAUACACAUUGAAUGAUGAGCUCAAUGUAAUUUUCAUGUACUAUAAAAUUAAAAGUGUAAUAGUGUAAGUAGGAAUGAUAACCUUUUUUUUUUUUUUUUUUUUACCAAUGGGCCUAGCGGUAUCAGCUUCUUACUUCCCAAAAGGAGGUCAGGGGUUCAAGUCUUAGAAGAGACAAGUGUGUGUGAGUACCAACUAGGGGAAAAAAAAAAAAAGAAAAAGAAAAAGAAAAAGAAAAAAGAUAACCUUUUUGUUUAGUGAAUAUCAUAAAAUUUUAGUUAGGAAUAUACUCAGGAAAUAACUGUUACUAAACCACAUUUGUAUAGGGGCUGAGCUUUGUUGAAAGUUAAACAAGGAGAUGGUUAAUUAUGAGCUCGAUCCUGAUGUUGUUCGGUGGGGUCUUCAUCUUCUAGAUGUUUGCUCACUUUCUAAUUCACCUGGUAGUUUAACUAAAUAUGAGGAACUAUCUCAAGUCGAGUAUGUCAAGGAAGGUUAUUGUGAGACAAAGCAUGUCAAUGUGGAGAAUGACGAAAUAAUUGCACUUGCCUUACAAGAAGAACUAUCACGAGUUGCAGCUUCAGAAGCAUCUGGAUCUCCACAUGCUGGGGAAGACAAUUUGCAAGCAUCCAUUCUUGCUCAGGAUUGGCUUGGUCCUUCAAAGAGACAUUGCACUCCUGUGCAUGAGAACUGUCAGGAAGAGGCAGAUGAAACAGGAAUAUCCAGUUCAUGUUCUAGCCCGGGAGAAAAAUCAGUUAGUGGGGAGGAACAGUUGGAUUUACCGGAGAUAGCAAAUGAGUAUAGUCUUGAUGGUAAAGUAGGAAAGAGGUUGAAUCAGAUGGUUCCUGUUCGUCAUAUUCCUAAAAUUAAUGGAGAAAUACCCUCGGUUGAUGAAGCAACAUCAGAUCAUCAAAGGCUGCUGGACAGAUUACAGUUAUAUGAUCUGGUUGAGCUGAAGGUUCAAGGGGAUGGUAAUUGUCAGUUUCGUGCUUUGUCAGAUCAAAUAUAUCGAACUACUGAGCAUCACAAAUUUGUGAGAGAAGGAGUUGUCAAUCAGCUCAAGUCUCACCCAGAAUUGUAUGAGGGUUAUGUUCCUAUGGCUUUCGAUGACUAUUUGAAGAAUAUUAGCAAGACUGGUGAAUGGGGUGAUCAUGUCACGUUGCAGGCUGCUGCAGAUUCGUAUGGUGUGAAGAUAUUUGUCAUAACAUCUUUCAAGGAUACUUGUUACAUUGAGAUUCUUCCACACAUUCAGAAAUCAAAAAGAACAAUUUUCUUGAGCUUCUGGGCAGAGGUGCAUUAUAACUCGAUUUAUCCAGAAGGAGAAAUUCCUGUAUUAGAGACUAAGAAAAAGAAGAAGUGGUGGAUGCUUUGAAAUUAGAUGCAAUUUGAUGUCCAUGGGGAUUUGCAACAAACUUCUUGCUCAGAUUCUUUCGUCCGUGGAAGAAGCUUCGAUUUGUUUUUUUUGUUGACAAUUCUACUGCUUCCGUCUCCUCUCAAGGUGGAUUUUAUCCGGUGGGUGUCAUUCAAUGCUUUGCAAUAUCAUCGACGACAGAGCUGCUGCUGCUGCUAAUGUGCCCUAGCUCAACCUGUACAUAAUGAUAUUUUGGUUUAGAGGCAUCUAUUCUUUCUUUAAUGCCUACUAUUAUUCCUUUCUGAAGAUGUCACAUUUGGUUCCCCCAUCCCUCAUUUAUUUAUUCAUUGCUACUCGUUUGAAGGUUUUGUAUGUACAUAGCAUUUAUUAACUUUAUAUAGUAACUAGAACCAACAGACCAUGAUUUUGAUCUAUUUAGUCUUUUCUUCACCCUGUAUACAUAUUCUUUUUUGUAAAUAUAAACAUUUGUUUCUAAUUCGGUUUCAUAUGAAAA